UUUUUAUUCAAGGACCGUUUUUCGUCUUACUGUCUUUCUUAAAAAAACGUUUUUAAAAAGCACAAUGAAACCCAAAAUGGUGGUUACCGCGGAUUACACAAAAAAUGUAUUUCUACAGUUUAAAUGUGACAAAGGUGUAAAUGAAAUAGCUUUAAUAUAAAAGUGGUUUCAUUUUAAACCGUUAAAUGAUAAUAUAACCAUUAAGUGACUGUUAUACUGUAAUGUGCGCAGUUACAGUAGGAAAUGGUUGACAUGACUGCAUUUCCUGUUUCUUUCCACGGAACUUCCCGAAUGUGUUUGCCUUUAGAGCAAGCUAAUGUUCAUUGUGCUAGUCUUACGGUCACGAAUCACCAAAUCGUAGUAUACUUAUCCUGCAAGUUAGUACUUCUUGACCGAAUUGCCAUACUUGUGAUGAAUCUGAGGUACUUUAGGUUGGUAUUUAAGAAUUAAAGGACACUCGUCGACGUACCACCUCAGCUAAAAACAAAGCUAACGUUAGCAGUUUAGCUUGCUAGUUUGCGAUUAGCUUUCCAUGUGCGUACGAGGCUGCAAUGAAGUGUUCACGGAGCCUGCGGGAGCUAGUAAAGCAGCUGGAGAAGUUAAUAAUGCAGUAUAUUUCCUUUGUACUCCUGUUUUAUCCCGCUGCAUACCAGCCUGGUGAGGCGUGUGCUGCUGUAGCGGAGGAAGGGAGAACCAGCCCCGCAACCCUGAUACUGUGCAGGGCGUGCGGACAUGAGCUGGCGUCCGGGACGGACAUCCACUUCGUCCCAAGCCGACUGGCUCUUUCUAGCCGCAACGACACGUUGGUCGGAGGCCGAAGGGUUAACAUCCAGCUUUUCGAAAACCCCCACGGACACCAAUUUGAGGUGAUUACGUUCAGAAAAGCGGAUGUUACCCAGCACUGGCCUGCAUAUACACACUUCUCCUGGUUCCCGGGGUACUCGUGGGCGGUGGCCACCUGUCCCAGGUGUAAAACUCAUUUAGGUUGGGCCUUCCAGCCCAGUGACUGGCCAGACACAAUCAGGAAAACAAACUUUGAGGAGUCUGAGCACACCUUCUUGGCUUUAAUCACAGAUCGUCUAUUAAGAGAAGACUUUGCUUCAAGUCUGCUAAUGACGCCAAAAUCCUUCGUGAGCUGAAGUACUAUUCACUGUACAAUGUAACUGUAAACCAGGUGCCUUUGCUGCUACUUACAACUAUUUUAAAAUAAAGUUAUAUGCACCUA